UCCACCUUUUUUGGGGGGCGGGCUCUCUCUUAUUUCAUAGAUACUCAUUCCCUCGUCCGAAUGCAAAUCUAUCUCUAAAUCCCAAAUCUUUCUUUCCCAUUUAUAACUUCACCAUCCAUGUUUCCUUCCACGGAACAUUCAUCAAGAUUUUCCCUUUUUGUCAGCGAGUUGUAGGUGGUUUCCAGAUUUUCUCUUCAUUUCUCGAAGCUGUGGAUCUAACCCCACUUCCCCAUUUGGUAACUCUCUUUCAAUUUAUGUGUAUUUCUUCUUUCUUUCGUAAUCCAUUUUCUCUUUUCGUCUUUGUUUGAAGAGAAUUUAGUUUUCUUUUCUUCUUUUCCCUUUUCUUGGAAGUUUGGCCGACUGAGAAAAUCUAUGUAAUUUAGAGUUAGAUGUGUUAAAUAGCGAAAGACCCAUAUCUCAAAUCAUUGAAAUUCAAACACUUUCCCGUCAGUUCCACUCGAUUCGUGGCAGCUUACUCUCAUUAGAACUUUAGGGUUUCGCGAAAAGAAAACUUCUUUUGCCAAUGGAUUUCUCCGGUGGCAACGUGGUCCAAGUAAUCACCGGAAGUGGACCCGACAGCUGGUCCGGGGGUGACCACGGCAUGUGGGCCACGGAUGACGACUACCGAGCCUGGAACAACGGCGACGACACGCCGUCCAGCAACUCGAAUUACGAGCUGAGGCUAUCCCAAAGUCGCUCCGGUAGCGAGCCCUCGCACAAGAGAUCGAGGAACUCGCAGGAUGUGAACUCGUCCAAUCGAUCCAAAGCGAUUGGGAAAAUGUUCUUCAAGACAAAACUUUGUUGCAAGUUCCGUGCUGGGACGUGCCCGUACAUAACUGACUGUAAUUUUGCUCACAGCAUUGAAGAGCUUCGGCGGCCGCCUCCGAAUUGGCAGGAGAUUGUGGCGGCGCACGAGGAGGAGAAGGCGGUGGUGUCAUCAGAGCCGAUGGAGGAAUAUCAGAUACCGUCAUUGGGAUCUUCGAAUUUCGUGGGGGAGACGCAGAGGUCGUUUAAGGGGCGGCAUUGCAAGAAGUUCUACACGGAGGAAGGAUGCCCUUAUGGGGAUAGUUGCACAUUCCUUCACGACGAGCAGUCCAAGAAUAGAGAGAGCGUGGCAAUAAGCUUGGGGCCUGGUGGCUAUGGUGGCGGCGGCGGCGGCGGCGGCGGCGGCAGUAAUGGUAGCGGCAGCAGUAAUGGUGGUGGUGCUUCUGCUGGGGGUGCGAGCGGGCAGAAUGCCAAGCCGUCGAAUUGGAAAACGAGGAUAUGCAACAAGUGGGAGUUGACGGGGUAUUGCCCUUUUGGAAGCAAAUGCCAUUUUGCUCAUGGUGCGGCAGAAUUGCACCGAUAUGGAGGGGGUCUUGUGGAGGGGGAUACUAGAGAUUCUUCUUCUGCUCCUCCUGACUCAAAGCAGAGUGGAGUACCUUCAAAAAAUCCAGCAGAUACUCAGGUAGCGUCCGUCCCUUCAGUUCCUCAUUCUGAUGUCUAUCAUAUGGGAGUUACAUCUCAAAGGUCACCCAUUGUAAGUCAAAGGCCAGGGCAGAGAACUCACCAGAAAUGGAAGGGUCCUGACAAAAUCAGUAGGAUAUAUGGUGACUGGAUUGAUGACAUCGAAUAGAAAUUGGAAUCGUUUGUCGACAUAUAUUGAAGACGGACAGUGACAAAACAAUCUCCAUCAUAGUGUACUUUAAUCUCCUUAGUGUGGGCAUGUUGUCAACACGUAGCUUCAGCCAAUGGUUAAAAGAGUUAGUUUGUUUGCUUCAAGUUUCAGUAGAACCCUUUGUCUUUGUGCGUGCAUGUAAUAACUUUGCAGUUUCCCUUCAUUCCCUUGUAUAAUCACUAGAUACCCUUUUCAUCGAAAGAAAUGGUAUCGAUCUUUGUACCACUUUGUUAGAUUUACACAUAAUGUUCUCACCC